GCCUUUAAAAUACCGUAAGGACCUCAGUAAUUAUUGCAAUCUGACCGUUUAGUAGCCACUGAACCAUUCCGGUGAAAAGUUUAUUACUUAAAAAAGUAACCAUGUGGGAUGUAAUUUGGUUUUUGGGGUUUCCUAUGUUCGCUAUUAACGUGUUUGGAGCCCCAUAUGAGACCGGGGAUGACUCUUAUAAUACCCCGGAGAGGUUCGAUGUGUUUUAUGACCAACGACAGAAUGGAACGGAAAAUUAUAAGCUUAGUGUGGAUGGUUUGUCGCUAGUUUGGUCUCCAAACUCGUUGUUGGCAGCUGCUGCUCUAUUGGAACCUGCUUUAUAUGGUGAAUACCCUGAGACGAACAUAGAUGUUAUCUUAGGACCUGACGAGAUAGUGAAACCUGGAGAGCAAGAAAAACCUCUAGUUGGAGAAGAAACACUGAUCCCUACGAACCAAAAUAGAUCCUCUGAAUCUCAGACUGUUCUUAUACCUGAGAGUAACCAAAGCGUCGAAAGUACAUCCCAAACAUCCGUAAUCCCUGCAAGUUUUAAUAAGCGGAAGGUGAGAAUACCGGGACUUCUUAGGCCUUUUCUGCGUAAAAGAUCGUCUAUUGCUUCUAUUCCUGCAAAAGAUGACAAAUCCCAAUAGCUCUUAAGUUUACUGAAUAAAUCAGCUUUGUUUAGCUUUAAUGGUAUGAAAUAAAUUAAGUUUUUUUUUA